AUGAAGAGAAAGUGGGGAGUUGGGGAAAUUGAAAAAGCCUUUCGAUUCGAUAAACAGUGCACCUUCCUCUCGAUCGACACAAGCGCUCAUCUCCAAUUGCGCUACGCCGGCCCGGUGACAGGAUAUAUGGGCAUGGAGUCAGCGCUGACGCUCAACGCAGCUGAAUACAAUCCCAUCGACCACCUGAACGUCAUCUUCUCCCACCCGACUGCCCUCUCGUCCAUCUCCGCCACCGCCGACGCGCUCCGCAAUUACCAGGAUGACCUUGACGAAGACAUUGCAGAGGUGGUCGCCAUACAGUCGGCCUCGGAUGCGGACAGCGUGCGGCGCAUACAGCUUGCUAAAGCAGAGCUGGCAGACCUCUUCACCAAGAUCGAGAGCGUGCGCGAGCGAGCCAUGCAGACGGAGCAGACCAUCACUGAAAUGACGGCCGACAUCAAGCGUCUUGAUAGCACCAAGAAGAACCUCACACUAUCCAUGACGGCCUUGAAGCGCCUCCAGAUGUUGACCACGGCGUACGAACAAUUGCGUAGCUUGAGCAAGUCACGCCAGUAUCGAGAGUGUGCCCAACUGCUGCAGGCAGUCAUCCAACUCGUGGCGCAUUUCAAGAGCUACCGCUCCAUCGAUCAGAUUGCAACGCUCAGUCGCAACGUGGCAGAUGUUCAGGGCGAGCUUUUGGAGCAGGUCUGCGAGGACUUCGAGCUUACUUUCGCAAAAGACGAGACUGCACAGCGUAAAGCUAUGCUCGCAGAGGCGUGCUUAGUCAUCGAUGCACUUGGCGAGUAUGCGCGUAUAAGACUAGUCAAUUGGUACUGCAACACCCAGCUGCGGGAGUAUCGGCAGGUGUUCCGUGGCAACGAUGAAGCUGGCUCGUUGGACAACAUCGCCAGACGGUAUUCAUGGUUCAACCGGAUGCUGAAGACUUACGAUGUGGAACAUGCUUCUAUUUUCCCGUCGUAUUGGCGGGUGAAUGAGCAAUUGGCCAACUCAUUCUGUGAAGGUACACGGGAAGACUUUAAAGGCAUAUUGCGCAAGUCAAUGCAAAGAGGAGACGGCCAGACUCUAGACGUGGACCUCCUUCUAUCUUGUUUGCAGGAGACACUCAACUUUGAGCAAAGUUUAGAGCGGAGAUUCUCCAAUGAAUCUCGCUCCUCUAUAGACACAAUGGCUUCCAAGGACGACCGACAACCUGGCUUCAGUCAAGCCAUCUCAGAAGCCUUCGAACCUUACAUGAGUCUCUGGGUAGAAUCACAAGACAAGCAACUCGCUAGUCUGAUGCCAAAGUAUCGACAACAGCCGCUACGAAAUACCGAGGAAGAAUUCUCGCACCAAGCUGUCAUGCCGUCGUCUACGGAACUCUUCCAUUUCUAUCGCCUGACCCUAGGACAGUGUGCCAAGCUAUCGACAGGGGCCAGAUUGCUAGAGUUAUCCACGACAUUUGCGAGAUACUUGGAUCAGUAUGGGCAGCAAGUGUUAUACUACACGCUGAGCGAAAGAGCCGGAUCUCAAGGACCUUCUGUAGAGGACGCAAUUCUGAUCCUCAAUACUGCAGAUUACUGUUAUACCACCUGUAAUCAGCUCGAAGAGAAGAUCAAGGGUCGUAUUGACGAGGAAUUCAAGACGAAGGUCGAUCUUCAAAGCCAAGCCGAUGUCUUCAUGGGCAUCGCCAGCGCUGCAGUACGCAUGCUAGUCCGUAAGGUUGAGCUUGCAUGCGAGCCCAGCUGGCGGGAGAUGCGUAACACACCUUGGGCGAAGCUCGAAAGUGUUGGCGAUCAGAGUACAUACGUUGCAGAACUUCUCCGCAAUGCCAAGGAAACCGCUGGCCCGAUAUUGAAGUAUCUUCAUAAGCAUCAAUAUGCACGAGCCUUUUGCGACAACCUUGUGGACCUGAUGGCCUCUACCUACAUUGGCAACAUUGUACAAUGCAAGCCCAUUUCCGAAGCCGGGGCGGAGCAGAUGCUGCUGGACUCGUACGUCUUGAAGAAGGGCUUCACGGAGCUGCCUACGCUCAACGAAGAAGCAGGCGUAGCCCCGCCAGCUAGCUUUGUCAAGCGUGUAAACCAGAGCAUGUCCAAGAUUGAUCCCCUCCUCAAAACACUCCAAGUUCGGCCCUCACCCCCCGAAGCCCUUGUGCAAGCCUACCUCAUUCACAUCGCCGACAAAUCCGAUGCCAACUUUCGUAAGAUCCUCGAGCUCAAAGGCAUUCGCAAGGCUGAACAAACCCAACUUGUUGACCUUUUUUCGGCCUUCCGCGCAAGCCCGAAUCAUGAGAAUCUUGUAGCCAACUCGCCCUUUCUCACGCCGCUGCAGAUUGGCCCUGUCCACGGUGGAGGUAUUGGCAGUCUAGGGAAUGCAGGUAGUGUGAUGUCACCAAACUUGGGUGUGGGUGGCAGAUUCGAUGCGACAGGCUUGGGCAACAUGCUGGUGAAUGCGGCAAGGGACGGAGUGGAUCGUUUUGGGAGCCCAGCGCCGGGAGCAGGGCUUUUACCAUCUGGUGGUGGUGUUGGUGGGGAUAGCGCUGGUGGCGAUGCAAAAGCGAACCUGGAGAGCAAUUUGAAGAAUAUUGGGAAAUUUUUCAGACGCGAUACAGGCGGAUUUAGGGGGUUUGGAAGGAAUGAGGAUGGGAGAUGA